AUGUCUCGUGCUCACCGUUCCUUGAACCUGUCGCCCGGCGGGCCCGCAGUGAACGUCGCGCUCAUGGACGACUUUCUGGCAGCUCCACCGGACUUCUUCACUUUUGCCCGGGACGACGGCCGAAAGAAGAGGCGCCGUCCGCGGCUCACUCACGACCCGGAACGGGUAAUCGUCUGCGCUCGGUCUGCCAAGUUCCUGAACUCCAAAGGCGGAUGUCUGAUGGUUCGCAACGAGAGUGAUCUUGAGACGAUCACGGAGGACCUGCUUACUCUUCCACUCGUCUUCAGUGUUCUCGUGAAGCGCUAUCACAAGUCUGGUAGCACAUCCAUCGCAGAAAAAGGUAAAGCAGUCGUGAUCGUGAACACACAGCAUCCGGUGAUCAAAGAGCACUUUGAGAAGCUGCUUUCAAAGGCCAUGAGGCUGAUGCGUAAAGGAAAGAGGUUCGCACUCGAGUUUGACUUCAAUAAAGUGAUCGAGGAGUGGAUGCAGUCUGCCUUCGUGUGGGCUGGACACGACGAUGGAGACACAUCCUGCUUGGACAGACAGGCACUGUACGUCAGCAUGCACGGUAAGGUCACCGUAACAAACCACGGUCGGAAGGCGGAGGUGUUCGCUUGCAGGGAUGUUAUCAAAUCUGAGGAGCUAGCCAUGUGGUGGGCGCUGUGCUUUCCCUGCUGUCUGUGCGUUUGCCCAGUGUACAAGGUUCAGAGGGCGUUACUGGUGACGGACUUGGGUGGGCGUGUCGAGGGCGUGAAUGUCAUAGUCUUUCUACCUCUAGGAGAGCUGGGAAGUGUCCCCUCCGUUACCCAAGCUCCUCUGCCCAGUGUUGGUGACUCCAUCGUAGCUGGACGAGAAGAGAACUAA